UAACUACUGUAACUUGUUUUAUUAUGGGAACAACCUGAAACUGUCUUCGUAAAGUUUAGACAAGUAACACAUAUAUCGAAAUAUUUUGUUUACUCAUUAUAAAUUUGUUAUACGAUUGAAAUAUUACGCUGACAUGUUGGGAAAAAUUAAAACAAAACAAGAAAAAGGAGAAAUUAUUGCAUACAGUGAAGCAGCUGUUAUGAACAAUGCUGCUGUUGUUGAAUAUUGUAGAAUAUCUAUGGCAGCGUUAUCAGGAGGCACUGCUGGAUUAUUAGGUUUAACUGGAUUAUACGGUUUUGGUUUCUAUAUUUUUGCAGUCUUUGGAUUAUGGGCAAUGUUACUCUUAAAGGCUGGUGGACAGUGGAAAAAAUAUUUUAUUAGUAGAAGAGAUCUUUUAACUAGUGGAUUUUUUGGUGGACUUUUUAUUUGAAUUCUAAAUAUUAGACAUACGUAUUAUUUUGGACUUUCUUAUACGGUAUGGUUCACGUGUAUUGAAAAAAAAAUAUAUUAAAUAUAGAUAUUUUAUAAUGAAACAAUUGAACAAUAUGAUCCAUCAUCAAAGAUAAUAUAUGUACAUAGCCAAGUUAGAAAUAUUGCUAAAAACAUGAACAAAGUAUUUGCGUGACAAAUGAUCAAGUUUGGCACUUGUAUAAAACGAAUUUGUAACUGGGAUACAUUUAUAAAGUAAUAACAUUGAUUUACUUCACAUUCCACAUUAAAAUAAUGAAAAUUUUAACAAAGAAGAAAAAAAGUAGAGAGAAUUACAGUAAGAUGUAAUCAAAUAUUUAUUUAUCCUGUAGUGCACAUAAAAUAAAUGAUAAUUGUUUU